AUGUCUGUCGGUUGGGAUCCCAGAGAACUCACGUGUUCCUUUCCUCCUCCAGCCACACCGUCCCAGCCCUCUAUCGUUGGUCCUCCAAGCAGAGUCGAUGCGGGGGCCUCGGGGACGUUCACCUGCACCUCGGAUGGAUUCUUCCCCCGAGACAUCACGGUCACCUGGCUUAAGGAGGGGAGGGCCAUCCCCGCCUCCCGGACCACGACUCUGCCCCCGAGAGAGAGCACCUCCUACCGAGUGGUGAGCGCCGUGGAGGUGUCCCUCACAGAGAAGGACGUGAAGUCGGAGCUCACCUGCCAGAUCCAGCACAACACCUUGACCGGCCCCCUGCGGCAGAGCUUCAGACUUGGCGACGCCCUCCGAGUCGCCCCCAAGUUGUCGAUGGAACCCAGCCACCUAGUCAACGUCAUCGUGAACCAGUUGGUGACGAUCGCCUGCAGCGCGAAAGGUUUUUAUCCCAACGACACAAGCCUGGUGUGGCGGGAGAACGGCAGUGAGACGGAUCUGGGAACACCUGAGCCCCUGACCCAGGAAACGGAUGGGACGUUCUCCGUGAAGAGUUCCCUGGAGGUGAACACAACAGAGCAGAGGAACCAUUCCGUGUUUACCUGCUACGCCAUGCGCAACUCCCAGAUUUUGGAUCAUGUAAACGUGAUGCUGAAAAUACACAGAGGAAAGGGAGACAGCUCUUCAGCAAAUACAGGUCCGUGGCUGUCGUUCAACCCUGGUCUUUGGGUCGCGUUUGUCGUGAACAAGAUAGUCGCCACUGUCUUCUUGUCAUUCCUUUUCCUGAGAAAAAUGUUCAGUAAGACGAAUAAGACACGGCAGCGUCAACCGAGGAAAUGAGGCAGCGGGAGAGUCCUGCCAAGCAGCAGUCUACGCUUCAAAAAUAUUACCCCGAAUCAGUGCUGUGAAAUGGUUACAUUCUCAUGAUACGGGAGUCCCCAACGUGGUGCCCGUGGGCGUCAUAGCCC